UUGAUUUUGCCCUUCAAGAAUCAAGCCUCGAGGUGAAGCUCUCUCAUAAGUUCCAACUCCUGAACCGCCUUACGAAAGCGAGCGAAAACUAGUCCCACGUUAUUCAUGUUCUCUGAGUCCUAAUUUCCGGGCAACCCCGAAUCGUAUUCCUACAACUGUAAUGUUCCUAGAAGUUUCUGAAGAUAGUCAGCGGCAGCGCUCCGCCGGAAGGGCGGUGGAGAGGGUGGUGGUCGCCGUCAAAGCAGAGAAAGUGAUCGCCAGGACUGCGUUAGCUUGGGCUCUUACUCACGUUGUCGAUCCUGGCGACUGCAUUACGUUGCUCGCGGUCUUUUCCAGCAGUAAAUCAAGUAAGAGAUUCUGGAAUAUUCCGUGGUUAACCGGCGAUUGCAGUAGCAGCCAUCGGCAGAGGUUUCCGGAUCGGAUUUGCGAGAUCUCAGAAUCGUGUUCCCAAAUGGUGCUUCAGUUUCAUAACCAACCAGAGGUUCGAGUGAGGAUUAAGGUGGUUUCAGGUAUGCCUGGUGAUGCUGUGGCGGCUGAAGCGAGGAGAUGUGAUGCCAACUGGGUUGUAUUGGACAAAACACUGAAACAAGAAGUGAUACAUUGCGUAGAGGAACUUUGCUGCAAUGUUGUUGUGAUGAAAGGUUCUCAAGCAAAAGUCCUGAAGCUUAACUUGGGAUGCUCAGAUGAUAAUCGACCUCCGUACCUUUCUGCUUGUUCUUCUCCUGACAUGGACAUGGGGAUGUUUUAUGGGCAUGGGAUGAAGCAUUCUACUCCAGUGAGCAGUCCUGAAGAACCAAUUAGUUUGUACACGAGAACCACACGUGAAGGUUCAUUAUCAAGUAUUGACACAAUUUCAUCUCCUUUUUUAGUUUGUGAACAAAAUCCUCUGUUUGAAGGACCAAGAAAGGUUGAUCACACACCACCAUAUGAUCAAAAAGAUUUCAAUGGCCUUCUAGCAGCUGUUAACUCGGAUGGGAAAAAGAUUCUCACUCAAUCAAUGAACCAAACAUCAACUAAUGGGUGCAAGAGUGUACUCUGCGUUCCACGUGACCAAAAAGUUGAUGACAAGCCACCCAGACCCAAUAGUUACAGAAAUGCCCGGAAAGUUAGAUCCCAAACCUCCAGAACUUUGCUUGAUAAUUUCCUGCAGUAUGACAAAGAUACAAGAGCUGGUAGAACGACUAUUAAUCAAAGCCCUCGAAGAGACUACAUUGCAAACUCAAGCAUUAGGGAUGCAGUUUCUUUAGGUAGAACUUCUUCAGUGCCUCCUCCUUUGUGUUCACUAUGCCAAAACAUGGCACCAGCUUUUGGAAAACCUCCGAGACAGUUCUCUUAUGAGGACUUAGAGGAAGCUACAGAUGGCUUCUCAGACUCGAAUUGCUUGGCAGAAGGUGGAUUUGGCAAAGUGUAUCAAGGAACAUUAAGGGAUGGACUGUUUGUUGCAGUGAAACUGCUAAAGACUAGAGGCUCUCAAGCAGAUACUGAUUUCUGCAGUGAAGUGAGGGUGCUGAGUUGCGCUCAACAUCGAAACCUCGUGUUGCUAAUUGGGUUUUGCAUUGAUGGAAAUAAGAGAAUCUUGGUUUAUGAGUACAUAUGUAACAGAUCCCUAGACUACCAGUUACAUGGAAACAAGAGGAACCCCCUAGAUUGUCAUUCACGGUUAAAAAUAGCAAUUGGGACCGCACGUGGUUUAAGAUAUCUUCAUGAAGAUUGUAGAGUUGGUUGCAUAGUACACAGAGACAUGCGUCCUAAUAAUAUCCUUCUGACCCACGAUUUUGAACCACUGGUUGCUGAUUUUGGGCUUGCUAGGUGGUACUCUGACAGGAAUUGUAAUAUUGAGGAGUCGGUUAUUGGAACUUCAGGGUAUCUUGCACCAGAAUAUGUAUAUGGUGGAAAAAUUACAGAAAAAGUCGAUGUGUACGCAUUUGGGGUGGUUUUAUUGGAGCUAAUGACUGGCCAGAGAAUCAGUGAGCUGCAGUUAUAUAAAGAACGGCAAUUUAUAUCUGAGAGGUGGCACACUCAUGAUGCCUUUGAACCAAGCCACAUCAUAGCAAAUAUCCAUCAUUUACUGGAUCCUUGCUUGGUCCAUCAGGAACACGACCAUUUCAUACAGAAUAUGGGGCAUGCUGCUUCCUUGUGCCUACAGAGAGAUCCAGAAUCCAGACCCCCGAUGUCAAAGGUACUUAAACUACUUGAAGGAGGAGAUUUGGUUGUACCUAUAGUUCUGGACUUGAACUCAGUUGGCAGUAGAAGUGGUCAUCUACAUGGUCUGAGCUCGUACACACCACCUGAAGCAAGGGGAGGCCACUCUCGUCGACUUUCACACUAAAAGUAAUUUAGAUUCUUUUGUGUGAAUUAUUUCUGCAACUAUUAUUUAAUUUCACAGGUACGAGUGUUUUACAUUUACAAUUUUCUUUAAAUGUUGCAUGUUCUUCCUUUUUUUGUUUCUUUUUAAAAUGCAGUCAUUCAUGUCCAUGUUUUCUAUUGCCUUUUCCCAUCGUGUAAAUCCUUUUCAAAAUCAACAGAUAGAACAUUAAUGUCAGUUCCAUUAUUUUUU